CGAGCAAAUCCAGAAACAUCCGCACAACUCUUCUGAUCCUCAGGAUGAAGCUGAUCUUCUCUCUGACUCUCGUCUGGAUGCUCUGCAGCUCCGCUGCUGCUCUUCAGUGUGACGCCUGCAAAGACCUGGCAUGUUCCUCUACCAUCAGUGCGAAGUGCACCACAGAGACCAUGUGUAUCACGGCUUCCAUCACAGCCACCUCAUCUGGAAGUUCAGGGACACAAAUCUACAAGGCCUGUGCUGCUCCUUCUUUGUGUCCGGCCACUGGACCGUCAACGUUUUCUGUCAACUUGGGUUUCUCGAGUGUGAUUGCAUCAGCUGAGUGCUGCAACACAAACAAGUGCAACACUCAGACUCUGGCCUUUCCUGCUACUCCGCCAGCUAACAACCUGACAUGUUUGUUCUGUGACCCGACCACCUCUCAGUGCACCUCUACGGUUCAGUGUACAGGAGACCAGAACAGCUGCUUCCAAACAACCAUGAUAAACGGCUCUACAACAUAUUCAGCUCUGGGAUGCACAUCUACAAAUAUAUGUGCAGCUUCAGGGAGCCUGGUUAACCUGCCUUUCAUGGACAAUGUUGGUUCCAUCACCAGUGGACCAAGCUGCUGCAACACCAGUUCAUGCAACAUUUCUCCAACUACAACCACCACCACUCCGACUACAACCAUCCCGAUGACAACCAUACCAACUACAACCACCAGUCCACCUACAACCACCACUCCAACUACAACCACUCCAACUACAACCACUCCGACUACAACCACCACUCCGACUACAACCACUCCGACUACAACAACUCCGACUACAACCACCACUCCAACUACAACCACUCCAACUACAACCACUCCGACUACAACCACUCCAACUACCACCACUCCAACUACAACAACCACCACUCCAACCACAACAACCACCACUCCAACCACAACUACCACCACUCCAACCACAACAACCACCACUCCAACUACAACUACCACCACCCCAACUACAACAACCACCACCCCAACUACAACCACCACUACAGCAGGAGGAGCAGUCUCAACCACCACCAGUGAUGCCCACAGUGUCAGAAUGGGUUUGCUUAUUCUCCUGUUUGAACUUCUUCUAGUCAUGCUGUAGCCGUUGAUUAAUGGAAUGGAAUGCUAAAAGCAUAUAUUAGGAUCAAUACUUGAUCUUUUUGCUGAUUGACAACUUUUGUCAAGAUAAAUAUAAUCAAACAGUUUUGCAUCUAUCACCAAUGUUGCCCUUGUUCUUUAGUCUGGUAGUAAAGGGCGGGAAAUGCAGAAUAAUUUAUUGAUAUUAAAGUUAUUAGCUUUAUCUUGGGAGAGAUUUGACUAAUUUCCAUUUGAAGGCAAAUUAAAAGGAAAUCAUAUUUUUUAAGAUACCAUAUUAUUUAUUAAGUAACUAUAUGAAUAACUGAUUAUGUAAUUUUAUUUAUUUUCUUCAAAUAUUUUUUUUAUUUAUUUUUCCAUUAGCUUUUGACAUUCUGUAUUUUACUAAAUUUGAAUAAAAUUUUGUUUUGAAUCAACUCUUGU